AUGGAAGCAUCGAAAGAUCACCUAUCCCUCCUUGGAUUACCGCGUGAAUUACGUGAUCACAUCUACAACUAUGUCCUGACAGUCACAAGGAAAGCGCCGCCCGGCCCAUUUCAUGCAGGCCAGCGUACGCGUGGGCGGUACUCCAUCCACUACCACGUGGGGUCCACAGGUAUGGACUUGCCCAAUAUAGCCUUGACAUGCCACCAGAUCCGCGAAGAGGUUCUCGAUCACGACCAGACCCAUGCGGAGCUGGACAUCAUGAUCCGGGCGUAUCUCGUAAUUCCGACGUGGAUCGUCCUUCCUGCUAUCCUCAAAUGCAGACAGCCACUUAAUGUUACCGUCAAUCUGCGCGUAUUCAGUCCGGAGGGGUUCCACAGUAACGAUGGCUGGCCAAGACAGCCGGGCGAAUGUUUCAGAGCAUUGUAUUGCCUACUCUACGAAUACUUUAUUGCGGGACCACGCUUCCACUGUGAUCGCACCCUCGAUCCUGCAGAUAUCAAGUACUCGAUAGGCAUACUGACCGUGAAGCUCAAGUCACUCGAUAUUUACACUCCAGCCGUCUGGCCGACGGUCAUGCGGAGUAUACUUGGCAAGCUUAAAGCACUGGCGAGCACUGGCAUCGUCUCUGGUCACGUAAAGACAAUCCGUGUCUACGCAGAGUAUCAUGGCAGUGACGGGACUUGUCAGAUCGUGGAGAAGGAAUGGCAAGUCGCAAGUACGCUCGACAAGGCAGCUUCGCAAUUGUGGCGAGCGCAGGGCUUUCCUCCUCUGCAUUCAUUCGAGCAUGACGGUGGGGAUGCUGAGAUCUUCGGGAUCCAACCUUGACGGAGAGGUUAAGAUCUGACUGAGACAGGACCAGUGGACCUUGGCUCAGAUCAUGAAUAUCAACAGCCUCUCAGCAAUGUGAGAGCCAUACAUGGUGACAAGACCAUCCGCGGACUUGCAUUAUUGGCCUGUGGAAGCUCAGACUGGACUGCGAUACAGCCAAGCCUGUUGAUGACCAGCAGGCGAAGACGAGAAUCGUCAGCAGUACCACUGUCAAAAUUGCA